CAAAUCCAAUAUGGCGGGCGAAAAGGCGAUUCGUGAUGUUUGUGGAAUCUAUUCUCGACUUUUUGACCACAGGGCCGUCAUGCAGAAUGAAUGUAAAUACGUAAUUCGUGAAUUUGAAGGUAAAAGAAAUGACAGAGAGCUGUUAAGACUGACAGAAGCGUCUCAGAAAGCAAAUGAAAUUCAGUCUAAAAUCCCCGAGUGCGUUCAACUAGCAGAAUUGCUGAAUGAUGUGCAAGAUCAACUAAAAGAUGCAAGGCAGCGAUGUCAUAAUAUUUUGGAGAGGGAAGAACAGGAUCCUAGAAAGAAGAGACGUGAUGAGAUCAAAGAAAAGUCCAAAAAACAAUGGGAUGAGUUUUUGAAAGAAAUGGAUAAAGAAGAGGAAGGCAUUGAGAAAGAGUUUCUGGCAAAAUCUCUAAAACUGAAAGAAAAAUAUGGUUUGAUAGCGAACCCUGAAUCAAAUUGAGGAGAAGAAUUAUUUUCAUAGGAUGAACUAGGUCUAUAAACAAGAGUGUGAAUUGUUGCUACGAACUCAAUGGAAAGAAUGAAUGUGUGAGAUGAAUAAUAAUAAUAAUAAUGAUAAAAAUAAAAUGUAGACUUAUAUAAUGAACAACUCUAUUUAUAAUAAGGGUGUUAUGUAUGCCCUGGGACCUGGUUUAGAUCUAGGAUAUGUACAGAAGUUGUUCUGGCAAAAGCCAAAGGUAAUCAUUGGUAAGGGUGUUCAGGAGUCUUUCUCUUAAAAUUUGUUAACCUGUUAUAACCUAACAUCAUUAUACAUAUUCUCCAUACUGUUCUCUAGACAUUUUUUAAGGUGCUGAUAAGGAGAAUAUUUCUGGCAAUCAAGGGCUUCUUUAGUUGGUGUUCAUUUCCUCUAUUGUCAUGACCUAAAUAUAUGGGAUUCAGUAGUGAUAUUUUAAGGAGAAAUUGGAUGCAAGGCACCUCUAGAGGUCCAUGGAUUAGUUAUUUUCAUUAGGAAAAGGCAACUUUUCCACACUCUGAGGAAAAGUCAGCAUGAUCUAAGAUGAAAUUUUUAAAUCAAUCCCCUUUUGGCUUGUACCUUCUUAUCCUCCCAAUAUGUCUCAUGAAGUGAUAAAAAGUAUGGUCAAUUGCUAAAUAUCCCAUCAGGAAGGCUACUUUAAUAUACAUUAUAACAUCACCCCUGACCCCAUGACUGGAGGGGUGCUAAAAAAAGGCCUUGAAUGACCUCUGUUAGACCAGUAAAUUCUCCUCUUAAUUUGCUUUGUACCCCCUUGUCAACAGAGGGAGAUAUAGAAGCUGUGUAUAAAGUCAACUAGGGUUUUUAUUCCAGGCACUCCUUGAAGUUAGUAAAGAUUAUUGAGAACGUUGGAACCAUCUUGCCAGGCAUGAAGAAGAAGUGAGACUUCAAGACCAUAAGAGAUAUUUCUAACUGUAUUAUUGCAUUUACUUGCCCAUUAAAAAAGAUAGAACAUGGUUAUUUCAAUUAAUUUUCUAAGUAGAAG